CCAUGUGUUUGUUUGUCAGCGGAAGUGGCCGCAGACCUCUGUGAGAGCACGGCUUAUCGUCGUUCAAGUUUUUUCAGAGGAGCAGCAAGUGGACUCUCGCUUCCACAAGAUGUCUCGGGGUUCUAUCGAAAUCCCUCUACGGGACACGGACGAGGUUAUUGAGCUUGAUUUUGAUCAGCUGCCAGAAGGAGACGAGGUCAUCAGUAUCCUGAAGCAGGAGCAUACACAGCUUCACAUAUGGAUUGCUUUGGCAUUGGAGUACUACAAACAGGGCAAAACAGAGGACUUUGUCAAGCUGCUAGAGGCAGCCCGUAUCGAUGGAAAUCUCGACUACAGAGACCAUGAGAAGGACCAGAUGACCUGUCUGGACACACUGGCAGCUUACUAUGUCCAGCAGGCUCGCAAAGAAAAGAACAAAGAUGCCAAGAAGGAGCUCAUCACGCAGGCCACCCUGCUGUACACCAUGGCAGACAAGAUCAUCAUGUAUGAUCAGAACCACUUGCUGGGAAGAGCCUGCUUCUGCCUUCUGGAAGGAGAUAAGAUGGACCAGGCAGAUGCCCAGUUCCACUUUGUCCUCAACCAGUCCACCAAUAACAUCCCUGCUUUGCUGGGUAAGGCCUGCAUCUCCUUCAAUAAAAAGGACUACAGAGGAGCACUGGCAUACUACAAGAAAGCUCUGCGUACCAACCCCGGCUGCCCAGCUGAAGUAAGGCUCGGGAUGGGCCACUGUUUUGUCAAGCUCAAUAAGCUGGAGAAGGCCCGUUUGGCUUUCAGUCGAGCCUUAGAGCUCAAUUCUAAGUGUGUGGGAGCCCUUGUUGGCUUGGCAGUGCUGGAGCUCAACAACAAGGAGGCAGAUUCAAUCAAGAAUGGAGUGCAGCUCCUCUCACGGGCCUACACCAUCGACCCCAGCAACCCCAUGGUGCUCAACCACCUCGCCAACCACUUCUUCUUCAAAAAGGAUUACAGUAAAGUGCAGCACCUGGCCCUCCACGCUUUCCACAACACCGAGGUCGAGGCCAUGCAGGCUGAGAGCUGCUACCAGUUAGCUCGCUCCUUUCAUGUGCAGGAGGACUACGACCAGGCCUUUCAGUACUACUACCAGGCCACUCAGUUUGCCUCAUCCACCUUUGUGUUACCCUUCUUUGGACUGGGGCAGAUGUAUGUGUAUCGAAGGGACAAGGAGAACGCAGCACAGUGCUUUGAGAAAGUUUUAAAGGCCUAUCCCAACAACUACGAAACAAUGAAAAUUCUGGGGUCUCUCUAUGCAGCAUCUGACGAUCAGGAGAAGAGAGACAUUGCCAAGGGUCACCUGAAGAAGGUAACGGAGCAGUACCCAGAUGAUGUGGAGGCGUGGAUUGAGUUAGCUCAGAUCCUGGAGCAGACUGACAUCCAAGGAGCUCUGUCCGCCUACGGCACAGCCACCCGCAUCCUGCAGGAGAAGGUGCAGGCUGACGUUCCCCCGGAGAUCCUCAAUAACCUGGGGGCUCUCCACUUCAGACUGGGCAACCUGGGAGAGGCCAAGAAAUACUUUCUUGCGUCUCUGGACCGGGCCAAAGCAGAGGGAGAGCAUGAUGAGCAUUACUACAAUGCCAUCUCCGUCACCACCUCGUACAAUCUGGCCCGCCUGUAUGAGGCCAUGUGUGAAUUCCAUGAAGCUGAGAAACUCUACAAAAACAUCCUGAGAGAACACCCUAACUAUGUGGACUGUUACUUGCGUCUUGGAGCCAUGGCUCGUGACAAAGGAAAUUUCUACGAAGCUUCUGACUGGUUCAAAGAAGCGCUGCAGAUUAAUCAGGAUCACCCAGAUGCCUGGUCCCUGAUAGGGAACCUUCACUUGGCCAAACAGGAGUGGGGGCCAGGCCAGAAGAAGUUUGAGCGUAUCCUGAAGCAGCCGUCCACACAGAACGACACAUAUUCCAUGCUAGCCCUGGGUAACGUGUGGCUGCAGACCCUCCACCAGCCCACCAGAGACCGGGAGAAGGAAAAGAGACACCAGGAUCGAGCCCUGGCGAUCUACAAACAGGUCCUGCGAAAUGAUGCCAAGAACCUUUAUGCUGCCAAUGGCAUUGGUGCCGUCCUGGCACAUAAGGGCUACUUCAGAGAGGCGCGGGACGUGUUUGCUCAGGUGAGGGAGGCCACAGCAGACAUCAGCGACGUCUGGCUGAAUCUGGCUCACAUCUAUGUCGAGCAGAAACAAUACAUCAGCGCUGUGCAAAUGUAUGAAAACUGCCUGAAGAAAUUUUACAAACAUCAGAACACUGAAGUGCUGCUGUACCUGGCGAGGGCACUGUUCAAAUGUGGAAAACUCCAAGAGUGCAAACAGAUGUUGCUAAAGGCACGUCAUGUGGCACCCAGUGACACGGUGCUGAUGUUCAACGUGGCCCUGGUGCUCCAGAGGCUGGCCACUCUGGUGCUUAAGGAUGAAAAGAGCAACUUGAAGGCUGUGCUUAGCGCUGUCAAAGAGCUGGAGCUGGCUCACAGGUACUUCAGCUAUCUGAGUAAGGCUGGAGACAAGAUGAGGUUUGAUCUAGCACUUGCCGCCUCUGAGGCCAGGCAAUGCUCUGACCUGCUGAGCCAGGCCCAGUACCAUGUGGCACGGGCCAGGAAGCAGGAUGAGGAGGAGAAGGAGCUUCGGGCAAAACAAGAACAAGAGAGGGACCUGUUGCGCCAGCAGAUGUUGAAAGAACAGGAGGAAAAGAGGAACAAGGAGGCUGAGGAACAGAAGAAGCUUCUGGAGCAGAGAGCCAUGUAUGUGGAGAAGACCAAGAACUUGCUCACUUUCGCUGAAGGACCGAAGGAGGCUCCUAAGGAAAAGAGGAAGGGAGGCGGUGGCCGUCGCAAGAAAACAGGUGACAUGGAUGAGUUCGUCAACGAUGACUCUGAUGAGGACCUGCCGCUCAAGAAGAAGAAGAAGAGAAAGGCCGGCAGUGGCAGUGAGCAGGAGGACGUUGAGGAAGGAGAGAAGAAGUCACGCAAGAAGAGGAGGAGACCUACAAAGGGAGGCGAGGGUGGCAGCGAUGAUGACGAGGGAGGAUCACAUCCCAAGAAGCAACGUAAAUCCAAAGACCGCAAGAAGAUCGAAAAGCCCCAGCCUGAGCGUCUGCCACCUUCCCUCAAAGGGAAGAUCAAAUCUAAGGCCAUCAUAUCAUCUUCUGAGGACUCUUCAGAUGAGGAUGGCCUGAAAAUCGCUGAAGACAGACACCAAAGAGACAGCGGCUCAGGAUCUGAUGACGAGGGAGACCACAGGAAGCGCAUUGCGUCCGACAGCGACUCUGAUGGAGGCCAGAACCGCUCCGGCAGCGAGGCGGGCAGUCCGCAGCGCUCUGCGGGGUCCGACGAUGACGACUCCGGCAGCGACCGUCCGGUGAAGAAGAGGAGGGCGCUGAGGCAGUCCGACUCUGAGCAGUCUGACAACGAGAGCAAGAGGAGUCGCUCGGGAUCAGAGGACGAGUCCCGGCCGGGCUCGCCCGCCGCAGCGUCGGACCGCAGAUCCGACAGGGGCUCGGAGGCCGGAUCAGACAACGAGGGCUCCCCGCGCCGCUCCGACAACGGCUCAGAGCCCGAGGGAUCCAACAACGAGGACGAUGACAGCGAUUAAGACUCCAAGCUCCCUCACAGACUCACACUUGUCUCUUGUCAUGAUCAAAAGGCAUUCUCUACAUUUGGAUUUGUUUUGUCUACUCAGUGCAGGGAUUUGUGUCCGUAUCCUAUCUGGAAAUUAGCAUAGGAACGUGUAGAACGUUUUUUUUUUUUUUUUUUUUUAAAGCACAAUACAAUGUAUUCCUCACUAUGAUUGGCUGUUAGACAGACUGUUAAAACAUGUCUUUUCAUAGGUGCUCAACCUCACUAUCUGUCGUUGAUGAUCCAUCAGGUGGUUCAAAGUCUAAACCUGUAAAGCUGUUUUCUAUCUCGGAUGAUCAGAGGAACAGAUACAGACACCCAUCGAUUGACAAGGGGGUUAGAGGUCAUCAAAACAUGUAAAUAAAAAUAUCAAAG